UGUACCGAAACCGAAAACGAGGGUUAUUUGGGGAGGGUUUCGGACAGGACAACAGGGGAAGCCGUCUUCGAGUUGCGAUUCCCAGUCUUAUCGCUGUGUACUGCAAUCACCCCCCUUAUCAUCGAGUUUGUGAGAUAUUGGGGCAAGGGUCGUGUCUUGCUGUACAAACAUGCCUAUAGACGUGCGACUGGACGAGAUCGGACCGGGGAUGCAAGAUGGAGAUGAAAUUCUCGUGGAAGUCCUCCCAGGUAUGUGCCGCAGCAAACACAAGUUAAAAAUCCGCUUUGCACUUGGUCCACACGUCACCUGGUGGAAGGGACUAGUUCUUCGGCGAAAGGAUCAGAGCGGUUACAGGACGAUUGCGGAGUUACAAGAUGACCAGCGCCCGAUAGAAGUUGAAAUUGACCACGUAGAGUUGUACGAAAGUGACCUCUUAUUUAGCAAAGCCAAGCUGUUUGGCGUUCAUACUGACAUGUACCGUUUAACCGACGCGGAGGUCGUCUUAAAGGGAGGAAACCAAUACAAUUUUACCUGGAUCAGAGAUAAGGCGAAGUGAUGACUGUGAUAAUUCCCCCAAGAUAUACAAGAUGUAAUGCAAAGAAUCUCGCAGGGAUUGAUCGUUUUCUUGUGAUUUCAUGAUUAAAAAUGCAGUAAAAUAUAAAUUAACACUGGAUUAGUAUAUAUAAUAAACCUUGAUAUUUAA